AUGACGACGACGAUCUUUGAUGGCUACGACGAAGAGUACCGCACUCUCUCUACGGAUAUCUCCACAAAGAUGCGCGAUAUCGCAUCGUACGAGGACCAGAAAGACAAGAAGAAGGCGAGCAUCGUGCAUGUGGGCGACCUCUUGACUCAAUCCACACAGCUGAUUCAGCAGAUGGAGCUCGAGGUGAGAAGUUUGGACACCGCAACUCGUCAAGAGCUAUCGAAGAAGGUGGGCCAGUACAAGAAAAGUCUCGCCUCGCUGUCGGCCGAUCACAAAAAAAUCCGAGAGAAGGAGGAACGCGAAGGGCUAUUUGGUGAUUGCGAUCGCGAGGAGGCGUCUGCGGAGCACCGCGGUCGCUUAGCUGCUGCCACAAAUAAAAUAAAGGGAACGACAGACAAGCUGACAGCCGCAAAGAAAGAGAUUGCGGAUACGGAGGAAGUUGCGCUUGCUAUUAGCAACGAGCUUGGCCGGAACCGUGAGAAGAUUGAAGCCACACACGCAAAGGUGAAGGGAGUGAAUGAGAUGGCUCGUCGUGGCGGAAAUAUCGUGAGCCGAAUGGCUGCCCGAAACAAGCGCCAAAGGAUGGCUGUAUCCGUUGCAGCAGGUUUUAUCGUAAUCGCCAUUGUGCUGCUGGUUUACUUUGGUAUAUUCAACAAAAAGUAA